AGUAGUCGAGGGUGAGUGUUUGGUAGUUUUGCGAAGUACGUCGUGUGAACACACUGAUUAAACCCCCGCUGCGUAAAUUAUAUAUCCAACGUGUGUCAAGGAUAUAAAAGUGGUGACAAGAUAUACGAAACCAAAGAAAAAUUCAUUAACAUGGAAGAUUUGUUGGCUCGCAUGGUACAGUUGCAACAGCAACAACAGCAGUUACAACAACAACUACUACAGCAACAACAGUAGUUACAACUACAACCGCAACAACAACAAUACCAACAGUUACUGGAAAUAAUAUUUGAAGAAGUUUGAAAACACUUCAGGUUCGUUCUUGUCAGACAGCAGAGCAAAUUCAAGUGGAGAAUUUAUUCAUAACCAAGAAGAAGGUACUGCUUUUUCUGCAUAUUUCAGAAGAUACGAAGAAAUCUUCAAAAAAUAGUGUAAAAUCUGGAAUGACGAGAAGAAGAUGUGACUACUUUUAAGAAAGUUAUCCAAAAAUACAGUAAUUAUAUUCUGCCGAAGAAACCAGACAAGUCCAACUUCAAAUAUGAAUUACAAGCGGUAUUUCAACAAAACUAGUUUGCACAGAAAACCCUCCAUAAUUAGACUAUUAAGUGACAUCUUUUUUGAGAAUCCAAAAGAAAUUAUUUCUAUGGCUGGUGGUAUGCCAAAUGACAGUUUAUUUCCAAUACUUUCUGGCACCUUCAAACUUCGAGAUGGUACUUCGCUCACAAUAAAUGAAACUGACAUGGCCAGGGCAUUACAAUAUUCAAUGACAGAAGGGUUUCCAGAAUUAAUAGAAUGGAUCGUAAUGUUGCAAAAGGACAUCCAUGGGUUGCCACUGCAAAACUGUACGGAUGAGAGAAAGAGUAAAACAAUCAUCACCGCUGGCAGUCAAGAUGGUUUAUCGAAGGUGUAUGAAGCAGUUAUUGGUGAAAAUGAUUACAUUCUAAUUGAAACUCCUUGUUACUCAGGAACUUUGUGUGCUAUUAAACCUCUUCGACCCAGAUUUCUUAAUAUCAGCACAGACAAAGAUGGGAUUAUUCCUAGUGAACUAUUACGAGCUCUCUCACGAUGGUCUCCACUUGAUGCCAAAAAUCCGAACAGUGACAUACCGAAAAUUCUUUUCAUGGUACCAACUGGUGGAAAUCCAACAGGUAUCAACUAUUCUUUGGAACGAAAGAAGGAAAUCUAUGAAAUUGCCAGAACUUAUGACUUAUUAAUCAUAGAAGAUGACCCGUAUUAUUACCUACAGUUUUCUAAGGAUUAUGUUCCAAGCUUUUUGUCAAUGGAUGUUGAUGGCAGAGUUCUUCGAUCAGACUCUUUCUCAAAACUCCUUUCUGCAGGACUGCGGUGUGGUUCUUUAACAGGACCAAAGUAUGUCAUUGAACAAAUAUUGUUACAUAUGCAGACAUCAGUGGUCCAUGCCAGUGGUUUGACCCAGAUGUUAAUUCUCAGAAUACUGGAAAAGUGGGGAUUAGAUGGUUUUAAGAAACAUGUUUUGAAAGUUGCUGAGUUUUACAGUGAACGUUGUCGGUUUACCAUAGAAACUGCUGAAAAGUAUUUAAAAGGUAUUGCAGAAUGGGAUAACGCAGCUGGGGGUAUGUUCCUCUGGUUGAAGCUGAUUGGAGUCACAGACACUUCUCAACUUAUAAUGGAGAAAGCACCAAAGAAAAAAGUUCUCUUUCUCCCUGGAAAUGCCUUCUCGUUUGAUGACACAAAACCAAGCCCUUAUAUAAGGGUAGCCUUUUCUAAAAGCUCUGACAAAAACAUAAUUAUAGCUUUUCAACGUUUGGCAGAGUUGGUGAAGGAACACAGAGGUUAUUGAAUGACAAUUCUAUUUGUGGUUCAUUGUUAUGAAUAAUUACAAGUUGGUAACUAAUUACAGAUUGUUGGCUGGAUGAAAACAAUAAAAUAUUCAACUUAGCAUACUUUUUUCCUUUCUAUUCUGAAUUAAAAAAGUGAUUGGAGGCCCCAUUUUUCACCCCAAACAACCAAUAAAAUAUAUAGUGAUAAUAUA